AUGGAUCCCAAGAUGGAGCUGGAAAGCCAAAACCGCGCUCGCCGUCUGGCCUUCUGCGCCGUGGCCGUCUCGUCGGCCGCUAUUCUCUCGGCCGCGCUUCUCAUCCCGCUGUCGUACAACUACGUGAUGCACCUCCAAUCGCAGGUCAUGCGCGACACCGAGUACUGCCAGCUCCGAUCCCGCGACCUGUGGGCCUCGGUGCACUCGGUCGACCAGCCGAGGGCCAAGCGUGAGUGGAAGUUCGGCCGUUGGGCCCCUGAUGGAGGAGUCGGAGGAGGAGCCGGAAACUAUGGCGGAAAUGACCAGCCCCCGCCACCGGCCCAGAACAACUACGGCUACGCCCCGGUUGUCAACGCCGAGCCCGAGCCGCAGUGCUGCACUUGCCAACAGGGACCACCUGGACCACCUGGAGCCCCCGGAGAUGACGGACACGAUGGACAUGAUGGAGAUGCUGGAAACGACGCCCGUGCCGGCAAGGACGGAUCUAUCGAAGCCCCCGAGGGUCUCCAGUCCGAGCCAUGCGUCAUCUGCCCACCUGGACCCAUCGGACCCCCUGGACCCGCCGGCAACAAGGGACCCCAAGGACCCCGUGGAGCCGCCGGAAACCCCGGAAUCGACGGACGUCGCGGAGAGCCCGGCAUGGUUGGACCCGCCGGACCAAUGGGCGAGCCUGGACCGGUCGGAAACAAGGGAAAGAAGGGAGACGACGGUCGCGUUGUCACCAUCCCCGGACCCCCUGGCGCCACCGGAGCCGCUGGACCCCAAGGAAAGCAGGGAGAGCGUGGACCCAAGGGAACCCCCGGAAAGACCCACGUUGGAGAGCAGGGACCUCCGGGAGAUGCCGGACGCGCCGGACGCUCGGGCCGCAAGGGACCCACCGGUGGCCAGGGACCUCUUGGCUCGAAGGGACGCGAUGGUGGCUGCGACCACUGCCCUCCCCCACGUACCCCACCAGGCUAU